AUGGUGUUCGUCUUAGUCUAUGUUGAUGACAUUAUUGUCACUGGCCCAUCUCCUUCUGCUUGUCAACAAAUCAUUACUCGGCUUAGCUCUCUGUUUCCUAUCAAGGAUCUCGGUCCCCUUCACUAUUUUCUUGGCAUUGAGGUGAAACGGUCUUCCCAGGGCAUUUACAUCUCCCAAACCAAAUAUAUACUGGACUUGCUUAAGAAAGCUCACAUGGAUGGGGCCAAACCUUGUGCUACUCCUCUGAGUACAUCAAAGCUUGAUCAUUCCUCUCCUUUACUGGACAAUGCUGUUACCUACAGAUCCCUUGUCGGAGCCCUUCAAUACUUAACUUGGACUCGGCCUGAUCUCUCUUUUGCUGUGAAUUUGGUCUGCCAAUAUAUGCAUAGUCCCCGACAUUCCCAUUUUCAGGCUGUUAAACGGAUCUUCAGGUAUCUUAAAGGUUCUAUUGAUUUGGGAUUAUGGUUUCCCAAAUGUUCCUCUUCUCCAUCCAUUACUGCAUUCUCUGAUGCCGAUUGGGCAGGUUGUCCCCUUGACCGAAAGUCUACUGGUGGUUUCUGCAUUUUUCUUGGCUCUUCUCUGAUUAGCUGGAGCGCUAAAAAGCAACCUACUGUUGCUCGCUCAUCCACGGAGGCUGAGUAUCGGUCUCUCGCCAAUACUGCUGCUGAACUCACUUGGAUUUGCAAACUUCUCGUGGAUCUUGCUUACCAAUCUCCUUCUAUUCCCCACCUGUGGUGUGAUAAUGUCUCUGCUCUGUCUCUGGCCAAAAAUCCUUUGUGUCAUGCUCGUACCAAGCAUGUUGAGCUUGAUUACCAUUACAUUCGUGAAAAGGUUUUAGCUCGCGAAGUUUCUGUUCACUAUAUUUGCACCCAACAACAGGUUGCAGAUAUUUGUACCAAGGCCCUUGCUAAGGAUCGGUUUCAUUCUCUCCGCAACAAACUCUCCCUUCGAUCUCCUCCGCUCAGUUUGAGGGGGGAUAUUAAGGAUACUUAUGUAAAUGAAACUGUUAGUUAA